UAUAAGCACCUCUUCACCUUCUUUCUCUCCAUAAAAAAACACAUAGAGAUUCACAAUGUGCGACUCAGCUUUUCUUUCUAGCCGUUCCUCAUAUGAGGCAGACGUUGACUCAGACUCCGACAUCUUCACCAGCUCCAGCUCAUACUCCUCCUACAGUGAAUCCGACGAAGAGACAGACAAUGGCUUUGUUGGAGAGACGAUGAAAGAGACCAAGAAGUCAGAGAAGAAGAAGAGCAAUGUGUUGCUUGAAGGUUACGUUGUAGAUGACUUGAAGAGGACCAAGAGUUUAACGGACGAUGAUCUAGAGGAGCUAAAGGGUUGUGUAGACUUAGGCUUUGGUUUUAACUACGAGGAGAUUCCUGAGCUUUGUAACACUUUGCCUGCUCUAGAGCUUUGUUACUCUAUGAGUCACAAGUUCAUGGAUCAAGAUCAUCAUCAUCAUCACCAUACUUCUUCUUCUUCCCCUGAGAAGAUUGAAUCUCCCCUUAGUCAGAUAGCUAGCUGGAAGAUCUCUAGCCCUGGGGACAGUCCUGAUGAUGUCAAAGCAAGGUUGAAGUUCUGGGCACAAGCUGUGGCAUGCACCGUGAGAUUAUGCACUUGAGAAGAUGAAGAUGAAACAACAUGAUUGAUGCAGGAGUGAUAUCUCUCUAUAAGCUGUUCUGUUUCAGCUUUUUUGAGAUUGACCUGCUUGAAACACCCAUUGUUGUAUAAGCUAUGCUCAGGGAUGUAUAAAAAAAUGCUUAGUGGUCAAUGAAGAUUUUGCUAGGAAAUUUCUUGUAAUACAUUUCUAUAAGGGCAAAAUAAAUAAUAAAUAAUAAUUUCAUA